AUGUAUCACUUCUUUGAAGCCCAAGUCCGCAAACAGCCCGACUCUGCCUUCCUCAUCUUUGAAGGCAGGACAUGGUCAUACAAGGAGUUCUUCACGGCGUUCACGCGCGUUGCGAAUUGGCUGAUCGACGACCUGAACAUACAGAUAGAUGAGGUAGUAGCGAUUAACGGAGGUAACAGCCCAGAGUAUUUGAUGCUUUGGUUUGCGUUGGAUGCGAUUGGCGCGGUGACCAGUUUUUUGAACUGUAAUAUAACUGGCGAAGGGCUGUUACAUUCAUUCAGGAUAUCGAAUACUAGGUUGCUGAUUACAGAUGACGAUAUCAAAGACAAUGUCGAACCGUGCCGUGCCGAGCUGGAAAACAUGGGGACUACGAUUCAUUACUACAAUCCGAAGUUCCUAGCCUCGCUCUCCAAUAUAACACCAGUACCUAGCUCCCGUCAUGAUGGUAUUACCAUGGAAUCUCUCCGUAGCCUCAUAUUCACAUCCGGAACUACCGGACUCCCAAAGUGUGUAGUCGUCAGCACCGGACGCGAACUUGGAACCGCAAACUCGAUCAAAAGGUAUCUCAAACUCAAGCAAGGGGACAGGAUGUAUACAUGUAUGCCUCUCUACCACACUUCUGCACAUGGACUAUGCACAACGCCCACAAUCCACGCUGGCAGUACCAUUGUGCUCGGCAGGAAAUUCUCACACAAGACCUUCUGGCCUGAGGUUGCGACUUCUGAAGCCAACAUCAUCCAAUAUGUUGGCGAAAUGUGCCGCUACCUAGUAAACAGUCCGCCAAACCCGUACGAAAGACAACACAAGGUCCAGAAAGCAUGGGGCAACGGCAUGCGUCCCGAUGUCUGGGAACGAUUCCGUGAGCGAUUCGACAUCCCAAUCAUCCACGAGGUCUACGGUUCUACCGAUGGACUAGGGGCUAUGCUAAAUCCCAACGCCGGUCCUUUCACCGCUAACUGUAUCGGUCUACGCGGUCUACUUGUGAACCACAUAUAUAGCAAAUUCGAAGCAAGAGUCAAAAUGGAUGUAGACACUGAGGAAAUCCUGCGAGAUCAAAGAGGGUUUGCAAUACGCAGUGGCAUCAAUGAGCCAGGCCAAGUCUUACAUAAAGUGACACCCAUGAUAGCAGCCAUAGCACCGCAAUACUACAGAAACGACGAUGCUACACAAAGCAGGAGAAUCCACGACGUAUUCGAGAAAGGUGACACAUGGAUUCAGUCUGGCGAUCUCUUCCGCCAAGACGCUGACGGCCGUAUCUACUUCGUCGACCGCCUGGGCGACACAUUCCGCUGGAAAUCCGAAAACGUCUCCACAGCCGAAGUAUCCGACCUUUUCGGGAAAUUCACCCACAUCGCCGCCACAAACGUAUACGGCGUGCGCAUACCAGGCUACGAAGGUCGCGCGGGCGCCGCAUCAAUCGUCAUGGCUGAUGGCGUUACGGAGGCGACGUUUGACUUUGAGGGUCUGGCGAGGCAUGCGAGAAAGGUGUUGCCGGGGUAUGCGGUACCGCUGUUUUUGAGAUUGACGAGAGAGUUGGAGGUCACAGGGACGUUGAAGAUGGUGAAGGGGAGGUUGAAGAGGGAGGGGGUGGAACCGGGGAAGUCAAGUCGUCUCCGUCGAAAUUCGUCUUUGUUGGUAAUGAUGCGACCAGUCAGUCAAGAGUGA